GCAAAACUGCACGAUUUUCAAAGGCAAUCUCUAAUAGCAAUCAGAACGAGCUCUCUCGAAUAUGGCCACCGCGGACAGAGAAUCUCGCCGGAGGAGAAUCGUCGGUCGCAGCUCCGACCGCCUGGCCCUCAUCACCGGCCGCAUCCAAUCCCUCCCCUCCUCCGACUCAUCUCAGCCCUCCAUCCCUGGGGAUCCCGACCCAUCCCCUCUCCACCCAGAUCGAUCCAAUGGUACAGCUUUUUAUCGUGCAGAAUGUCAAGCCUUCGAGACUGUGUUGCCAAAGGAUCAUCAAAGUGGAGAUGCCAGUGAGACCGAUGGUUCCAGAGGUAGAGAAAAUAUGGAGUUUGCUUCACAGAAAAGUCAGACAAGCAACCAAUGCUCAGAGGCUCCGCCGUCGGAGAUCAGUGAGAAAUCAGUAACUUAUUCAUCCUCAGCCUCGCAUCAAAAUGCAUCUCGUCCUACUACACAUGUUGAGCAACCCUCAGUUCAUCAGGCACUGCGUAGCACGUCCAUUAGUCCUAAUCAGAUUAGUUCUGCUAUAGAUUCUUCAGUUACUGCACGCUUACUUUGUGCUGUGGUAGUGGGGCUGCUAGUGGUUUUAUCGGACAUAGGUUUUCCCCUAUUAGGCAACAAGAUCAUCCGGUCCGUCUUGAUGUCAAGGCCUCUUUACCUCGUUCUGCUUACCAACGUGACACUUGUGCUUGCUCCACUUGUUUUGGACAAACAAUCAACUGUUGCGAGCACUGUCAAAGGGGAAAAUAAGAAUCCUUCAGCUGGCGAGAGUGAUUGGGCUGAUCAAGUUGGUAAUAGCUUGGAGUUAGGUUUUCUGAUGAUGAAAGUAAUGGAUGCAGUAAUCAUGGAUUGCAGCUUCUACUCUGUGGUUGUGGUAGGUGGUUUGUCGCUUACGAGGAUUUUCACUUAAAUCCGGACAAUCACAUUGGAAUGCGAGAGCCGUUACUUUAGUUGGCUGACUUGGGAGCAAAUAAUUCUCCUCAGCAGCUAAACUUUCUUUCGUUUUGUACCUUUCUGCUUUGUAAGCCUUCGAGGCUGAACUUGGUUGAUAAUAAUAGCCUAUAUUUUCGGCAGUUUUGCUCUUGUAGACCCAUUUAUUUAUUCCAUGUGCUUGUUUUGAGAUGAAUUUAUGUCCUUGUCUGUCCUGUGGAAUAGUGAUUUUCGCCGGUAAACAUUCCUUAUUCCGAUGUGUAUUGGUCUUGUAUUGCUGGCUUCGUGAUUUAGAGUAGCCAUUUUUGGGCAUCUGACUGAAUACAGCACCUGUACUUUU